AUGAAGAGUUGGGAGGGCCUAGCCGAGAUAUUCGUGGCCAGGUUUGUCACAAACAAGUUGCAACCAUUAAGGGUAGACUUCCUGAUGGCUUUGAAAAUCGGCGAAGGUGAGAGUCUUAGGGCUUAUGCCAAAAGGUAUUAUGAGGUGUUCAACCGAAUACUCGAAUGCAACCAGGAGUUGGCGGUCGUGUCUUUUAAGAACGGCCUGGAGGAUAACUGCAUGCUUCGAAAUUCACUAGUAAAGACUCUGCCAAAGAGUAUGGGGGAGCUCAUGGCAAGGAUUGAAAAAUAUGCCAGAGCAGAAGAGGAUACACCAGGAGCAAAAGCACCGAAGCAGAUCCCGGUUUAUAAAGUACUAGAAAACAUCAGGAACCAGCCGUACUAUAGAGAGCCAGAGAGGAUCCUUGGCGAAUUUAUAGAGAGAAAUGUAGCGAAGCACUGCGCUUACCACAAUGAAGAUAGACACCUAACUUAUAGUUGUAGAGCCCUAAAGGCACAUUUCAAAGAUCUAAUCAAACAAGGUCACUUGAGGGGCCUAGUAGAUGAGGCCAGAAUGAGAGAAGAACAGGCGAAACUACCCCAGGCACCGCCAACACCACCUCCAUCAGCACCACAACAGCAAGAAAGUGAACCUUUAGUGAUCAAUGUGAUUCACUCGAGGAUCAAUGAGAAUGAGGUGCGUAGGGAGACUCAAAGGGUAAAGCACUUACAACAUAUGUAUCAGGUCCAGCAAAGGAGGCCUAGGAUAGACGAGUGCCAGGGACCGAUGGUAUCCUUUACUGAUGCAGACCUAGACAUGGUGCAACAUCUGCACAACGAUGCUCUGGUAAUAACCCUUAAAAUUGGAGAAUGCCAGUUCCCAAUAGAGCAUGGAAUUAAGGAGGUUAGAGAGGAUCAGGUGCAGGCAAAGAAUUGUUCCAUGGCAGCAAUGAAAUCUGCUAGAAAUAAUAGAAAUUGA